AUGAAGUUGGGCUGCGCGCUGUUGCUGGUGCGCUCGGCGGCGUUCAAUGAGCCUGUUGAUAACAAAAAUGUCCUGACGAUGUUUCGACACAUGGAGGGGUGGCGCUGCAAAACGCGCAUGUUCAGCGCCUUGCAUCUGCCGGAUCAUCUAGAGAUGGUGGAGAAAGUCCAGCAGGCAUCUGUGUGGUGCAGCCACCAUCCUGGUUGCUAUGGGGUGCAGUUCUACAAUGCGGGGCCAGAGGAAGACUUCAUGUACUGCUUGAAGUGGUGUGGUCAACCUCAGUGGUGCCUGGCACCCAUUCUCGAAGACUCCGAAGACGACGGGCUGAAGGCGGACGAGCUGGUUCAAGACAAUCUGUUUUACUUGUUGGUCAAGCCUCGCCCGAGUUCUUUUAGCAUGGCCCACCCCCUCACCAGCGAGCCGGCCAGGUGCUCUCACGCCGGACGCGUGAGUCCGUGUUUCGAUCCGCUCGCAAGGGAGGCCUGUCGGGCACACUCGUUCCAACCUGGGCAGAGGGCUUUCGUGUUUGCGGAUGACCUGCAACGCCCACCUGAAUGGAUGGACGAGCUGGAGGACUCCUACCUGUCACACUUGCAGAAGACGUGGGCGGAGCCUUUUGGUGUGGAUGUGGUGCUAAUUCUUCCAGCCGAGCCUUUGGCACGACAUCCAAUUUCCGGGGUCCAAAGAUCGACCCUGACGCAGAUGGGCGUACGGAUCCUGGAGGUCCCUUGGAUCCGCCCGGAGCUGGGCAAAGGCAUUCCUCGCUGGGCGCAGCAAGUGUGGUGCGUGAAUCGCGAUUUCUUCAAGCUCCAUGCCCUCGGACUGGAGUACGACGCCAUUAUCUUCUAUGACACGGAUGUGUUCGUGAACCCACCGGAUUUCUCGCACUUGGAGGCCGUGUUCAACUGCGCUUACCAGGGCUACGUCCUUGCUUCGGCGCUCCACGGUGGCUUCGAGCCUCUCACCGUCGCCUUUUUUGCCCUGCGGCCCUCUCCGGCGCUGCUUCGAGCGGUUCAGCGCUUCUUACUGAACUCCACCUUCGACGAUGAUGGCGCCUGGAACUGGGUGGGCUUCGGCCCUUGGGGCUGUCUGGAUGGUACAGAUGAGUGGUGUUUCCGGUCCUACCACGUCGGCGGCGAAUGCGGGCAAGGUUUGUUUUAUGACUUGUUCUACCGGGCCGACCAGACCUUCUGGGCGGCUCUGGAGGCGGAGGCCGCGGUGAGGCCGAUAGGGGUGAUGCUGGAUGGAUGCAUCUGGCUGUACGAGAACUCAGUGCGGGUUCCUGGAUUUCCCACCGUGCCCAAUCCUUGCCCGGAUAUGGUUGCGUUGAAUCGCUGCAAUGACAUCGUCGCAUACCACAAGGUAAUCGAGGGCCGCGGCUGUGCAUCACCUGAGCUACUCGGAGCUGGCGCGCAGAUGCUGAGGCUGUACAGAUCGGAUGCAGAUGACAGCCUCUACAACACGCACACCUCACCGACUUACCAAUCUGAGAUGGAGCUUGACAAAAAGAUCAAUAAGGGUGUUCAUGUGCCGGAAGCUACUGGCGUUCUAGGGCCUCGGGCAAGGGCCGCCAUGGCCCCAAAGAAGGGGAAGAAGGACAAGGAGCAGAAGGAUGCCAGGGCCGCGGUCGCCCCCAGCGUGAACUUAUCGCCUGCCAUGGCGGAGCUGCUGAACAAGAAAAUUCGAGAAUUCGAAAAAAGCUCAGCAGAGGAGAACGAGAAGUCUCAGAAGGCUCAGAAAGGCAAAGCCCGAACCGCCGCCAAGAACAAGCUCAAAGAGGUGAAGCAGAUUGUCACUGGCUCCGCGGAUGAUGCAGAGAAGAUACAGCAGCUGGUCCAGCGUCUUGAGGCUGAAAACGAGGAGGUGUCAACCCUCGUUCAGGAAGUCGAAGCCAGAACACAGGAGCUGACAGACGUCGAGGAGAAAGCGGACGGUGUGCAGGUCGAGCUGUCAAAGUGCUUGGCCACAAAGUCGAAGCUCGAAUCACUCCUGCGUCAGCUCCAGCAGCAGACAAAUGCCCUCAAUGAGGAGAGGAGGAAGCUCACCGAUGCAGAGAGGCAACGGCGUCAGGAUCUUGCGGACGAGUUCCAGCAAACCAUCGCCGAUGUCAAGAAGAAGAUGGACCAGCAGGCGAGUGAGCGAAGCCGGCUUGCUCUGGAGAACGAGGUACUCCGAACAAAGUUCAAGGAGUUCUUCGAGAAGUAUGACCUGCGAGAAAAGGACCUGGCCGAGCAGCAGAAGACGCGCGAGGUGGAGGUAAAAGCUUUCGAGCAGAGGCUCACCGAAGCAGCCAGAGCCUAUCGGAUCGAGGCGGAGCGAGAACGCAAAGCAAAGAUGGAAAACGAGCAGCUCACGCAGGCGGAACAGGCCCUUCGGCAGCAGUUGCAGACCUACGGAACCAAGUUUUCCAACUUCCAGGACGCUCUGUCGAAAUCUGACAAAGUGCUUGGGCAAUACAAGCGGCAGAAAGGCCGAAUGCAAAGACGGACCGAGGUUCUCCAGAAAGAGAACGCGGAACUCCGCGUCCGCAACGAGCGAAAGGAGGCUCAGGUACUCAAGGAGAGAGACGCCCUCGUCAAGGAGAAGGCGGACAUGCAAGAGCGCUGCAAGGCUCUACAAGCUGAGCGGCAACAGCUGAGUGAACAGGUGCAAGCACUGAAAGCCUCGAACGGCAACGCCUGA